UGGAGAAGAGAGACUAAGGCGUCCCCGUAAAUAAAAAACGAGUGGUUGUCCCGAUCCUUUCCUUUGAUGUCCCAAAACUUCAAAUUUCCCUCACUUUCUUAAAUUGCCCAUUUUUAUAAAAGGCAACUCUUUUACUCUGCAAUUCUAUCUUCUUUUUUUCUUUAAAUUCAAUAAUUUUACCAUGAACAAUGCCAUUAAUGUAGUUUCAUCCUUUUUGGUUAUGAAAGCCUGAAAAUCAGGGCUGCAAUUGUUGUUCUCACUUUACUGUAAUUUCUGGUCAGUAAUGGGAACUCAAAUUCAGACAGAGCUUACAGGACAGCAAAAGAUGCUUCCUCCUCCACUUGGAACUUUUCAAGAUCGAGAAGAUCUCAUCAAGCAUGCUCGUGCCUUUGGUGCUAAUCAAGGAUAUGUAGUGACCAUUAAAAAGUCUAGAAAGGAUAGGAGGGUCAUUCUUGGAUGUGACAGAGGAGGUGUAUAUCGUAAUAGGCGUAAAAUUGAUGAAAGUAAACGCAAAAGGAAAGCAUGCUCUCGGCUUAUAAACUGCCCUUUUGAAGCUAUAGGUAGAAAGGAAGAUGAUGUAUGGGUGCUUACCAUUAAAAAUGGAGAACACAACCAUGAUCCAUUAAAAGAUAUGUCUGAACAUCCUUAUAGUCGUCGUUUUUCUGAGGAAGAGGUGAAGCAAAUCAAAGUAAUGACUGAAGCUGGUAUAAAACCACGUGAAGUGCUUAAGGCUCUCAAGCAAAGCAAUCCAGAGCUGCAGUCAACACCAAGACAUUUGUACAACCUGAAAGCUAAAAUUCGUCAAGGAAAUUUAUCAGAUAAUAGUUUCAAGUCCUGGAGACCUAAUAGAUCUGCUCUUGUAAACACAAGCACUACUUCCUCAGUGGAGACAUUAAAGCAAAACCAAAAUCAGGUUCCUAAUUUUAUUGGAGGGAAAUCCAUGUAUUCGCAAGGAUGUGCAACCAUGGAUGUAAUAAAUCCUGCAACUCAAGAGGUUGUUUGUCAAGUUCCUUUUACUACAUAUGAGGAGUUUAAAGAUGCAGUAAAUGUAGCUAAGAAGGCUUUUCCUUCGUGGAAAAACACAUCUGUUACUACUCGUCAACACAUCAUGUUCAAGUUCCAAGAGCUCAUCAUCAGAGAUAUUGACAAGCUUGCCAUGAAUAUUACCAUAGAGCAGGGCAAGACUUUGAAGAGUGCUCGUGCAGAUGUGUUAUGUGGUUUAGAAGUGGUUGAACAUGCUUGUGCAAUGACAACUCUUCAAAUGGGGGAGUUUGUUCCUAAUGCAUCUGAUGGCAUUGACACAUACUGCAUUAGAGAGCCUCUUGGUGUUUGUGCUGGGAUAUGUCCCUUCAACUUUUCAGCAAUGAUUCCCUUGUGGAUGUUUCCUGUUGCAAUUACAUGUGGCAAUACAUUUGUUCUUAAGCCUUCCGAAAAGAAUCCAGGUGCUUCAAUGAUGCUUGUGGCGUUAGCAAUGGAGGCAGGUUUGCCUGAUGGUGUCUUGAAUGUUGUUCAUGGCACAAAUGAUAUUGUCAAUUAUAUAUGUGAAGAUGAUGAUAUAAAAGCUUUAUCCUUUGUUGGAUCAAGCACAUUUGGCUCACAAUUAUAUGCCAGAGCAGCUGCUAGGGGGAAACGUGUACAGUCCAAUGUAGGAGGCAAAAAUUAUGCAAUCAUCAUCCCUGAUGCAAACAUGCAUGCUACUUUGAAUGCUUUGGUUGCUUCUGGCUUUGGUGCUUCAGGACAGAGAUGUAUGGGUCUCACUACAGCUAUUUUUGUUGCAGGAUCAAUGCUAUGGGAAGAUAAACUUGUGGAGCUUGGCAAAGCACUUAGAGUGAAUAAUGGAACAGAUCCAACUGCCGACCUUGGUCCAGUUAUUAGCAAAGAGGUAAAGAAUCGUAUAUGCAGAUUAGUUCAGAGUGCUGUUGACAAUGGUGCUAGACUUCUUCUUGAUGGGAGAAAUAUUGUGGUUCCGGGAUAUGAGAAUGGAAAUUUCGUUGGUCCGACCAUCUUACAUGAUGUUACACCCAACAUGGAGUGUUACAAGGAAGAAAUAUUUGGGCCAGUUCUACUUUGUAUGCAGGUUGAAACUCUAGAAGAUGCCAUAGCCAUAGUAAACAGAAACAGGUUUGUGAAUGGAACAUCAAUAUUCACAGCAUCUGGCUUUACUGCAAGGAAAUUCCAGAAUGAAAUUGAAGCUGGGUUGAUCUUCUCUCCUUGUUGGUCAUUCUGAACACAAAUCAUCUGACAACACCUGCUGUGAAUAAGUUCAAUCUGUUGGCUUGUUCUUCAACAAUUGAAGUCUAAAUACUCUCUAUUGCUCAAAUUUUUAUCUAGGGAGUGCCAGU